AUGUCGAAUCGCCAGCAGAUUGACUCCGUCAUUGACGAUGACGAUGAGUUUUGCGAAGAAGGCCGCUGUCCGAACUGUCGCCGAUCCUACGAUGAUAGUACUAUCCAGUACAAGAUUCCCGAUGCCGAAGAGUUCAAGGCCGAUCUGGCAUUGAAACACCGUAAGGCCGCCGCUGCUAAGAAGAAGGAAUCCGAAAAACGCGAGAUUGAGGCAUCGAGUCGGAAAAAUCUUGCUGGGGUUCGUGUCGUCCAGAAGAACCUGGUCUAUGUUAUCGGCCUUAAUCCGACCAUCCGCGACGAGAACCAAUUGCUUCAAACGCUUCGUGGCAGGGAGUAUUUCGGGCAAUACGGUGACAUCGAAAAGAUUGUGGUCAGCAAAGCAAAGCCAGGUGGCAAUCCAAACCAGGGGAUUGGUGUUUAUGUGACUUUCACUCGCAAAGCCGAUGCUGCAACCUGCAUUACAGCAGUGGAUGGAUCCGCGAACGGGGACCGAGUGUUAAGGGCACAAUACGGAACAACCAAGUACUGCUCGUCAUUCCUUCGCAACGAACAGUGCAACAACCGGAAUUGUACAUUCUUACAUGAGACGGGAGAAGAUAGCGAAAGCUAUAGCCGACAAGAUCUUUCGUCCAUGAACACAUUGUCCAGUCAACGCUCGUCCCAGUCCACCCCUCACACCCGAUCUGCUCAACCCAUUACCCACCCGAUGCGCCGUCAGCCAAGUAAGGAUGACUCUAUUACUGGUCGCCAAUCCAUGCUAGAUGGACCCGCACUCCCCUCAUCCGCAAGCUGGGCGAAUAAAGAUGCCCCCCUCAAUCGGACAAGGCGAGGUAGUCUCUCUGGGAGCCAGGCAUCUCAAAGUCCUCGGCCCGCUAAUGUGUAUGUUGCUACCGCUGUGGAGGAGCCCAGACGGGCUGAGAAACCGUCACCUGUCUCCCAGGACAGUCAACCUCCGGGACAGCCCGAUGUGCCAUCCUCUGCUGCCCAGUCUCAAUCUCGUGAUACCCGACCACCGGUCUCGGCUGAGACUCCUUUCGACACCCUUUUGAGAGAUGUCACUUGUCCAGACUUCAAAUUUGUUUUCUCUACCGCUGCAAUCCCCGCUGAUGAGGCUGCACUGCUGAAUCACUACCCAUCGUUUAUUGAUCCAUAUGGCGGAGUCAAGCGCAGGGCAAUGCGGGAGAAGUUGGAGCAGGAGCGAGUGAAGCGCGAGCAAGAGCUCCUUCAAUCUGCAGCCGCUGAGGAGGACAGCCGUGAAGCUGGCAGUCUGCAACUUGGCGGCGAGCCAGAAGAGGUUAACCCUCCGCGAGGUCGACAGACCCGUGAAUCGCAUGGUGCUAUCCAGCCUCCGUCUCAGCAAGGGACUGCAGAUAAUUCAACCGUCGGAUCUCCUGUCUCUGCCACCAGUCAUCAGUUUCAAGGGUUAAAUCUCGCUGGCCGGAGUCUUACCCCUCUUCAGCAACAGCAGUUGAUGCUGCUCAAGUCUGCGGGAAAUCAACAGGCUGGCUUGGCCGACCCCUUAAGCUCCGCCGCACUUGACCAAGCGGCCCAAGUCCGGCAGGGUCUUUUGCAGAGCCAGAUGGCACAAUUCAAUGCCUUGCAGGCGCAAAACCGGCAAUCCUCCCGGUUUUCGUUCGCCAAUGACGCCGCAUCCAAGAACCUUCCCAACGCACGCAUGCUGAGUCAGAUGCAGUCUGGGACGCCCAAUCCGCUGUCCGCACCAAGCCCGCAGCACGCUCUUGCCAGCGGCUUCUAUGCCAGUAGUGUUCAGGGCCCUCCUCCCGGGUUGAAAACAGCAGGGACCCCUCCUAUCAGUGGCGGUGGCAUGUUUGCGCAGGGUCACGGAUUUACCUCAAACACGAACGUCGGACUCGGGGCGAACGUGGGAAAGCAGGACGCCACUCCGGAAUUGAUGCGCGAAUUAUUGCGUGGCCGAAAUGGCACGAAUGUCGGUGGUUUGCAGGGCCAGGAGGCCGCUAAGCGUGAGUUCAUGUUCCCUUUUCUCCAACAGCACCAAACCCCACCUCCCUUGACUCCCGCCAACGGUCUUCUCGGUUCUUUCUAUGGGUCCCAGACGGGCACACUGCCUGAGUCUGGUGGUCCACAGAAGCAGAAGAAGAAGGGGAAGAAGCACAGACACGCUAACACUUCCUCCGGUGGAGGCGGUGUAGUAGAUCUUGCGGACCCAAGCAUUUUGCAGGCGCGAAUGCACCAGGUCGGUGCGAAUGCCACUGCUGGGCAAGUGCUGUACGGGAGUCAGGGCCAAGGUGGGUACAACCCCUCGAUGAUCCUUUUAGUGAACGAGGAAUUUCCUCCACUUGGGGUAGAGCCGAAAGAACGUCGACCUGUCGAUAGUUUCGGUUUCUUGAAAUCCCAGCUGCCUAACGACUCAUCUGGUCGUGCAGGUACCCCAACUCUCCCCCCUGGUCUCCCACUUCCACACGCACAUCCCGGUUCAUCUGUACUUCACGAGCAAUUGGACUCAUCAAAGCCCUCAUCGCCAACUCCAAUGGCACCUCCGGGCUUAGGACCCGGUUUUCCACGACUUGGAACCCCUUCUCAGAAGCAAGAAGAGACCAUGUCUCGUCCAUUGAGUCCCGGUCUGAGUGCGGGACCCACUUCUACAUUCGGCCACGUGAAAGACGCUUCUCGAAUUUCACUUGGAUCUCCCGAGUCCAAAUUUGCCACUAAGGCUCGUCUCAAGAGCGAUCUGACUGUUGCUACGGAUGAGAAAGGCACCCUUGUCAAAUCCUCGGAUCCAUCUGAUCGCAGCUCCUCUGGGACAAAGGCAAGUCCAUUUAGUUUCAAGCUGCCGUUUUCCCUCGCACAGUCGCACGAGCCUUCUUCUGCCAAGCCUGAACAUGCCUCUUCUACGGCUUUCGCUCCAGCCCCCGGCUCAGUCUCUGCAAUCGGAUCCCGGCCCAACACUCCCUUGACCACCGCCUCUCGUAUCUCCGAUUCUUCCGCACCUCGACAGCCUCGCAUCUUGCGUGUAGUUGAAACACCAAAGACGGAAACACCUCCUCCCAUCGCUACUGUGCCGUCUGCGAACACUGCCGCCCCUGGUGCGAACAAGUCGCGUUCUGGGAGACAGAGUGUCUCGUCCAACAGCAGACCAGACACUCCGGGUGAGUUUGGCUCCGAGGCUGAAAUUGACGUGUCGGCCUCCGUGUCUCGCACAAACUCUCCUCCCGCGUCCUCCCGGAUCGGCUCAGCUCCUGUGCGUACCAUGACAAAGAGCCAGGUGAAAAAGGAAAGGAAGCAGAAAGCGAAGGAGGCCGAGGCUAAAAAGGCUGAAAGUGCCCCUGUUCCUAAAGAACCUGUUCAAGCUCCUAUCAUUGGACGAAAGCGCAAGACGAGAAAGGCUCCUACCAGCACCGUUGAAACUCUCGACACCAGUGCACCAGGUAUUCCUGAGACAGCCAGUCCAACAAAGACCGAAAAUGCCUCUCCUGUUAAGGCCGAGCCCAAACCUGAUUUUGCCAAGGUGAAGGCAAAGGACAAGCCUACCAAGGAGGCAAAGCCUGCGCCCGUCGAUGAGCAGCCCCGUGAGGACAAGGCUUCACCAGAGGCAUGGCGGUCGAACAACACGGUGGAACAACUGAUCAAGGAUGCUGAGGCCACUGGAAGGUCUAUGAAAGAUCUGUUCCUGGAGCGAACCAAGCCCAUCCAUGAGCUUCUCGCGGAAAUGCACAAGGCUGGUGAGCUGGAUCUCAUCAAGAGCUCGUUGUUCAAUCCUGCCAACCUCAGUCAGCGCACCGACAUGAAGUGCACCGCAAACGAUUAUGAGUUGCUUAAGCAACCGACAGAAUUGACGGAGGAUCAUCGGAAAGCCUUGCUCCGCGGCGAGCCUGUUCGAAUCGGUACCGAGUUACUGAAGAAUCGGUGUUUGAUCACCCCUCGUGGCUGUGUCCUUCGUCACCUGGCACUGGAGGAAGAGGAGCGAUACCUCGAGCUGGAGAAGAAUCGAAGCGGCACGGUCGAUACGCUCCCCGUUGGUGACGACUCCAGCAAUCUUGGCGGUGGACUUGAGGCUCUCUUUACGAAGCCGGAGAAAUUUAACAUCUGCUGGAUUGACGAUGUCUCUGCGCAGCUGAACGCAGCAUCCGCCACUGCAUCUUUGGAUGUUGUUGAAUCGGUGCUGCCACCAAACGUGCUCUCGGCCAUGGAGGCGGACAGUACUCGCAGCCAUGACUGGGCUGUUGCCAACUCGGCGGAAUUCCUCAACACCACUCCCGCUGCCGUCCGUUCUUUCGCGGCCGCCACGGCCAAGCAUAUGUUGGGCAGUCCCGGGAUGCCUGGUGGCAAUCCGACCCUUGAAGAUGUUGCAGCCAUGACGAAUGAGGAACUGAAGGCCCUUGCCACCGUCUCCCAAAAGGAGUUGGAGAGCACACGAAAGGAUCUUGAUGCGCUCGACAAAAAAUUUGCUGGCCUGUUUCGACGUAACAAGAAGCUCCAGCAGCAGGCUCUGGCUUCGGCGGAGUAA